GCUGAUUCCAAACAUUGCCGAACAUGGUAAAGGGAGAUUUCGCAAUCGGCUGCUGUCCAUGUUCCAAACAAAAACAGUGAGAGCGGCCGGAGACGGAGUUAAAGUGGCACUUUCUAUCCCAUAUCGGUCCGGAUAGACUCCAGGUUAACCACGCGGUCUCCUGGUGAAGACCCGUCCUGUGGUUCUGACCCGUCCGGCUCCGGUCAGACCUGAGCUCCUGCAGGCAGCACAUCCAAAUGAGCCGGCCGCCACAGCCGAACCUCAUCACAGCAGAGCCCAACGGCGUGAGCGUCAUCCAGAGCCAGGCGCACGCCGCCGCAGCGUCCAACGCAGCGUCCCUCGCCGGACUGCAGCAGGUCCCCCAGCUCGUCCCCGCCAACCCGUCAGCCGCCGGAGGAAAGGCGGCGCCGCCCAGCAAGAUGAAGAAGCCCAGCGUGGACAAGGACAGCGAUGAGUACCGGCAGCGGCGCGAGCGCAACAACCUGGCGGUGAAGAAGAGCCGCAUGCGCAGCAAGCAGAAGGCCAUGGACACGCAGCAGCGCGUCAACGAGCUGAAGGAGGAGAACGAGCGGCUGGAGGCCAAGAUCAAGCUGCUGAGCAAGGAGCUGAGCGUCCUCAAAGACCUGUUCCUGGAGCACGCCCACAACCUGGCCGACAACGUGCAGCCGCCCGCCGCCGCCAGCCCCGCCCCCGCCCAGUGAGGGCGGAGCCUCAGGGCUGCCGGCUCGCGUCCUUCCUCCAUCCCCGUCGUUCCUGGCCCCGCCCCCUCGGUGAUGUCACUGGGAGACGGUCUGGAGAGACUUCCUGUGGCCGGACGCGGCCUCUGAUUGGCCCAGAGGGAAACGGCGUUCGGUCGGACCCGAUCGUGUGACUUCUGUCUGUUUUUGUUAUUAUUCCACAGCUUUCCGUCACGUUCUGCUGGGUUCUGCUGGGACCGCUGAGCAGAACCUCCAGAACCGCCCCGCCCAAUCAGGAUCCAGAACUCUUCCUGAUCAUGGUCACGAUUGGUGGCGUGUUUGUCUGAGCCGGUUCUGGUUCUGGUUCUGGUUCUGGAAGCAGUAGAACCGGUGAGGGGCAGUUUCUCCAGAACUUUGAGGAGGCCCGGUUCUGACUCCACUGGGAUCCAGACAGACUCGGUUCAUGCAGGACUGGAGCAGGAAGCCCCGCCCCCUCCCGCGUGCCCCCACCUGCCCAGCCAGGUGUGUUGGUGUGCAGCGCGACAGGCGGAACCGGGCGGACCCAGACGCCUCGACAGAACCGCAGCUUUAGGUAAAUCCAGGUGUAAACGGGUCGGCUCGUUAGCGGUCUGCUAACGGGCCGCCGCCCUGCGGGGAGCGAGGGGCGGAGCCUCGAGGAA